AUGGCAGCAUCGCAGCUGGGAGCUAUAGGGGAUCUAGAGGGGCACGAGCAGAGGGGCGCGAGAGGUGGAUCUGAGAAGGCCCGGGAGAUCGCAGCCCGGGCGAGCGCGGGUAUAGAGCGGGGAGAGAAUGACGAGCCGGGAGUCGAGCUGGGUAGCGAGAGAGGGGCGCAAGCAGGGGGGCGCACGCGAGAGGGGCGAGAGAUCGGGCGAGAGAGGGGAGACGAUUGGGGCGAGCGCGCGCGCGGGAGCGAGAGGGUAGCGACGAUGGGAGAUCGAGAGAGGGUGAGACGGGGGCAGAGAGCGGGGAGAUCGUAG